AUUGUUCUUCGAAUAAUCUAUCAGCGUACUACACAGGUUGAGGAAGUGACCAGGUUGACCUUGGCUGCCACAGACGCUGUUCACGAGGAUAGCCGUGUACACAAAAUCAGUUGUUUGAGUCAAUACCCCAUGUAGUAUGAUUCCAUAGGAUUUUAAAUAUUAUACCGAAAACACGCUAAUACAGUAGUACUUGGUUGUGUGCCCACUUCGGUAGGUAUAAAAAAGAACAAGACACGCGGCAAGCGGCAUAGGUACUAAGUUUGUGCGCCGCAGAGGAUUAGCCGUGUCCGACUUAUUUUUUAUAUGGUUAUUUUUUAACUGUUAAGUGUGUUUUUACAUAUUUUUUAUACCUACAACCGAUAAAAAUGCGAUGCCAUCAGAACCACUAUUCAAGAACACGUUUUCUGUCGAUAUUCAUAACGGUACUCAGCGUCAACCUAGCUGCUGUUUUUUCAUUAGAUACUGUUAACCAAGUCAGAGAACAUGGAUAUCCAUUGAAAACUUAUAAAUUUUGGACUCCCGAUAAAUAUUUGUUGGGAUUGGAACGAAUCCCUUACAGCAAAGAUGGAAAUGGAACAAUCGGCAGACCCGUUUUACUACUGCAUGGCUUGUUUUUAAGCUCAGUUAUAUUCACAUUAAACUCUUCCUCUCUUAGUUUUGUUUUAUCGGAUGCUGGUUUUGAUGUAUGGUUGUUCAACGCUAGAGGUUUAGGUUUAUCCAGAGCAUUAAACAUCUAUGCUAGGGACGGAGCACCGCCUAGAAUGAACAAGAUAUCUUGGGAUUUUAGCUGGCAUGAAAUGGGAGUUUUAGACAUGACAACAGCCAUUGACUUCGUUUUAAAUGAAACUGGAUAUUCUAAAAUUGACAUUCUCGGUUAUUCUCUUGGUACCACAAUGGCUCUGGCUGGUCUUUCGGAUAGGCCAGAGUACAAUGAUAAAAUCAACAAGCUCGUUCUAAUGGCACCGACGUCACGGUUGAAGGAGUUAGGCAUGCCGCUUACCAUGGUUAGGCGUUACGCAAGACUAAUUACGGUGUUUUUGAACGGUGUCAACUUUUUCCCUUAUACUGAAGAUCCAGACACGACAUAUCGGAUGAUCGGUAACAUUUGCAGAGAAAAAAAUGUUUUUGAACUAUGUAAAUGGUUCGUCGAUCUAGCUCACGGUAUAAGCACUCCUUUAAGUAACGACACCGUGGUGAAUAUUCUGUCAAUAUUUCCACAACCUGUAUCGUCUCGAACACUGAAACAUUAUAUUCAACUAAUGAUGUCCGGGAGGUUUUGUCAUUAUGAUUUUGGCCCUGCCGCAAACAUGAGACGUUAUGGUACUAUCCAACCACCGGAUUACGAUUUAUCCAAAAUUACUGCUCCGACAUAUGUGAUACACUCGAAAGACGAUACUUUAGUUUCUCCAUUGGACGUCAAAUGGUUAGUAAACAAUUUACCAAAUGUGAAGUACGUGUACUAUAUUGACAACGUUCUGUUCGGCCAUUUGAGCUUUUCACUUAGCCCGGAUAUGAAGGAACUCGUGAACUUGCCUAUAGCACACUUUUUGUUAGACGACACACAUGAAAAUUCGGUUAGAAAAAGGAAAGUAUCCUCUUAAUAAAUUAUUAUUUUUUAACAAACAUUUUUCUUGAUAACUCUAUUGAUUUAAUUAAUGAGCUGUGAUCGUGAAAAUAUCUUAUUUUGUAUUACGUGCUUAGAGUAUGUAAAAUGUAUUAAAUAUGCAUUAGUUUGUAUUUCUAAUUGUAAAAGAAUUUUAAGAAAUCUUUCAGUUCUCCAUUAAAUAUACAAUAAAUUUAAGAAAUCAAUUCGUUAUUGUAUACCAAUAAUAUGUGUCAUUGUUACUAUUAGUUGCUAAUUUUGUUUAAAAUGCUUUGUCGCUACUUCAUAUUUACUUUAUUAUAAUUUGUAAAUUUUAUUAAUGUGAAAUCAACUUAACGACAAAAUAAAAUUAAAUAUAAUUUUACCAAAGUAGUUUUAUUCUUGUAAUGUAUUAUUGCAUA